UUUUUUUCUCGAGACUUCCAUCAACAAGAUUAUGGGUUCAGUAGGUCCCUCGGCCCCGAUCCGCCUAGCUAUUCUAGAGGCAGACGAGCCUUUGCCGAGCGUAGUAGAGAGACUUGGGAGAUUCGGUGCGAUCUUUACAUCGAUGUUCGAAGCGGCCUGCAAAAGCCAGGACCCGCCACAAACGCUCGGCUCACAGCUCACUUUAACGGCUCAUGAUGUCGUAUCCGGGGAUUCUACCACAGCAUAUCCGGACCCCAAGGAGAUCGACGCAGUGCUAGUCACAGGCUCAAGAUACUCCGCAUAUGAUGAUUACGACUGGGUUCUCCGCUUGACGGACUUCAUACGCCGGCUGCUGCUCACUGACAGCCACGUUCGGGUUAUUGGGGUGUGCUUUGGGCACCAGAUCAUUGCACGCGCACUGGGUGCUACAGUUGCGCCGUCACCUUGGGGAUGGGAGCUUUCUCUCACAGAAAUACAGCUGACGGAAACGGGAAAAGCUGUUUUCGGGACGGGGAAGCUGGAGGUUUACCAAACACAUCGGGAUAUGGUUGUCGAGUAUCCACCCACCGUCAUGCCCCUUGCCCAAUCGCGGCAUUGUCCGACCCAGGCCAUGUACAUCCCUGGCCGACUUUUCACGGUUCAGGGACACCCCGAGUUCCCUCAGUUCAUGAUGGCCGAGAUGCUUCGGGCACACCACCAAUCCGGUAUCAUACUGGAUGGUCCGUUUGAUGACGCUAUGAAGAGGGCCUUGGGCCAGCAUGAUGGUAUCGUCAUUGCACAGGCCUUCUUGCGCUUCCUGAAGGACUGA